AUGCACCCUCUGCCGAUUAAAAGUCCACCAGUGUGUACCGAAAGAAAUUGCGUACGUCUUUGGGGAAAUUUCUUCUGUAUGCUUAUUGUGUUAUUGGGAGCGGGACUUGGUGCUACGGCUGCAUAUGUGCUGGUCAAUUACGAAUACAUGGGUGAGGUGUUUGGACGUGAAGUAUUUUUCGGUGCUGUCUACACGUUACUGGCCAGCGGAUUGUUUGCUUUCAUUAUCGGACUUCUAGGGUUUUAUGAUUUUACACACGAGAACCGAUUCACAGCAAUUUUGACUUCCGGCGGUAUUGUGCUGCUCAGCAUUAUCACACUCAUCACGGCCAUAGUUACCUAUGCUUUUCCUCGAACAGGUUGCUAUCCAGUGCUCAAACAUUACAUGGAGCUGCACACUAGACACAUUCUCGGUCUCAGCCUGGGCUUAGUUUUUGUCAUGGUCAGUUUUUGA